AUGGGUCUGCCACAGACUGCUUCAAGCGAGCAAUCCCAUGAAGCUACGUCUGCACCAAGUUGCAGCCUUUCGCAAAGUCUGCCUGUGUACGCCACUUCCCAUGAUUCAGAUGGCCUUAAUAGAGGAAGUGAGGGAGGCAUCUGCUCUUCCAUUGGAGAAUUUGUUAGGAAAACAUCACUGGAGCCUCUAGAGCAGACAGAUGAUUCGUGUAGAUUCCAUGGCACUCGUGUUGAGACCUCGUCAAGUGCUCAGGGAUCGACUAGCUAUGCUGCUGAUAAGGUUGGUUCGAGUCUCACUGGAGCUAGAAGGAUAGUUGGUUUUGCAUCAAGCGAAACUAGCUCAGUGGACAACAAACAAACGAGUGUAGCUGUUGGAGUUACAGGAGUAGAUAUUGGUGGUGGAGCGUUAGUGAGGAAACGAGUACUCUCCCCUCUGAACACUCUCUUCCCUGUGAAAUUCAGAGGUGACCUGCUUGAUAUCAGCUGUAGUAGUAACCACCAGCAGAUUACUUAUUCUGGUAUCUCUAAUGGAUUCUGCAAUUCUGUCGCACAAGAUCACAAAAAGGUUAAUCUCGCUAGUAGGUUACAUCUCUCAACCACUCCUACGUCCACAUCCACAGCCACUUGCUGGGAGUGGAAGAAUGCCUCAGACGGUGGUAGACUCUCGUCCAUGGUCUUCUCUGAUGGUCCAUUGCUUGACUCUGUAGACCUCCGCAGACCCACUAAAGGCGAGGUUUGCUUAUAUUCGCCAGUAUAUGAAACGCAUGGAAUACCGAAUAUGCCAUUGCCUUGUGAUAAGGAUAUAUCUGUCUCUCCACCGCUUUCUAUGUCACCACUUGGUCCGAAGUUUUCUGAGAGGAUAAAAGCUGUAAGAAGUGGCCAAAAUGGGAAGGUAGUUGAAGAUUUAAGGAAUAUCAGUGAGGAAGCAGGAUUAAGGAUUGAGCGUAGAUUGUUUGACGAUGCGUAUGCUCUUAGGAGAGCGUUCUCGAUGGACAGAGGUAUUGAAUCAGCUCCUGCUUCUCCGUGUAAAAGGUUCAGUAGAAGCUUGAGUGGACGUCCCAUUCAGAGGUCAUUGGUUGGUUCUUUCGAGGAGUCACUCUUGACUGGAAGAUUGUCAUGCGGGACAACAAAUCAGAUUGACGGUUUUCUUGCCGUUCUUAGUAUUGCUGGGGGAAACAUAUCGCCAAAAUCACAGAAGCUUCCAUUCUCAGUAACCAGUGUUGGUGAUGAUUGCCUCUUGCUAUACUAUGCCUCCAUAGAUCUCGCUGGAGGAUCUAAAUCGAGCAAAUUCUGGGGACAGAAGAUGAAAACAAGUCAAAUAAGCUCUGAUGCUCAGAGUUCCAAGAGCCAACUUCGGAUCCCCAUUAAGGGUCGGAUACAACUGGUUCUUAGUAACCCUGAGAAAACACCUCUUCACACCUUCCUCUGUAACUAUGACUUAACUGAUAUGCCAGCUGGUACAAAGACGUUCUUGCGCCAAAAGGUAACUCUGGGAUCAUCUAAUCCAACUACUGAAGGAACGCAAGAGAACACUAGAAAAGCCAAAAGCUUGGAAAAGGAAAACUCUAAAAAUGGGAACAGGGAAGAAUGUGAAGGAUCUGAUUCAGUGGAAGGAGAUGAGAGAUUUGAUGAAAGUGGAAAAAGCUGUUUAAAGUCGUAUAACGGUGGUUCUGGUGCUCUACGGUACGCUCUUCAUAUGAGGUUUGUUUGCCCAUUACCCAAGAAAGCUUCAAAGAAACCUGAAGAGACCGAAGCCACUGGACAAAAGAAAAACUUGGAUUCAGACGGGAAGAGGAGGUUCUACCUGUACAACGACUUGAGAGUCGUGUUUCCUCAACGCCACACAGAUUCCGAUGAAGGAAAGUUGAAGGUGGAGUACCAUUAUCCAGAAAAUCCAAGAUACUUUGACAUCACAGAGUGA